AUGAAAAGUCUCUCUCCCUUGUUCGUACUGCACACUCCCAAGAUUCCAUUACCCAAUUCCGCCACCAAUUUUCACUCCUUCCCCUUAAUACACGCAGCAGUCCAAAACCCCAAACGACCAAAACCCUCUGUUAAACAACGCCCUUUGAAACCCACCAAAACCCUCUCCCUAGCUCCCAUCACCGUUCCGCCAUCGUCUACUCCUCCCAAAAAGGUUCUGGUGCCGAUGGGGUUUGGCACAGAAGAAAUGGAGGCAGUGAUAACAGUUGAUGUUAUGCGCCGUGCAGGGGCAGCGGUGACCCUAGCAUCAGUGGAGGAGAAGCUGGAGGUUGAGACUUCUGGAGGUACCAUGCUGGUUGCUGACGCGUUUAUUUCUGCUUGUUCUGAUGACAUUUUCGAUCUUGUUGCGUUGCCGGGAGGAAUGCCAGGCGCUGCACGUUUACGAGAUUGCAAAACUCUCCAGAAUAUAAUGAGCAAGCAUGCUGAGGAAAAGCGGUUGUAUGGUGCAAUAUGUGCUGCUCCAGCAGUCACACUUUUGCCUUGGGGACUACUUAGGAGAAAACAGACGACAUGUCAUCCCGCAUUUAUGGACAAGCUUCCCACAUUCUGGGCUGUUAAAUCAAAUAUUCAAGUUUCUGGAGAGCUAACAACUAGUCGUGGUGCUGGCACUUCUUUUGAAUUUGCUCUAUCAUUGGUGGAGCAGCUCUUUGGCGAGUCGGUUGCCAAGGAAAUUGGAGAAUCAUUGCUAAUCAAUGUUGCUGAUAAUGAUUCUAGGAGAGAAGAAUUCAAUGAAGUUCCGUGGUCCCUUGAUCACACCCCUCAAGUUCUCAUUCCAGUUGCAAAUGGUUUGGAAGAAAUUGAAGUGGUUACUAUUGUAGAUAUUCUUCGACGAGCAAAGGCGAAUGUUAUAAUUGCUUCAGUGGAGAAAUCUUUGCAGAUUUUAGCAUCAAGUGCCACUAAAAUUGUUGCAGACAAGAUGAUUAGUGCGGCUGCUGAGUCAAUUUAUGAUUUAAUCAUCCUGCCAGGAGGUAUCUCGGGUGCUGAGCGGUUACAGAAGUCCAAAGUUUUGAAGAAAUUGCUUAAGGAACAAGAAACAGCCAGAAGAAUAUUAGGCGCAAUCUGUUCUUCAUCUACUAUCCUUCAGAAACAAGGGUUAUUGAAGGAUAAGCGAGUAGCGGCUCAUCCCACCACGGUAAGCAAGCUCGAUAACGUGGUGGAUGGUGCCCGAAUAGUUAUUGAUGGCAAACUAAUCACUUGUAAGGGAUUUGCUACUGCAACAGAUUUUGCACUGGCUAUUGUUGGUAAGCUUUUCGGGCAUGCAAGGGCUAGGAGUGUAGCCGAAGGUCUUGUUUUCGAGUACCCCCGGGGAUAG